GCGUUGUAACAAGUUUGACCGCUUCGAGUUACCGUAGUUCGGUAACAUAAUGGCUGCCUACACGUUUAUUCAUGCAGUUUCUUCAUUAUCCAGUUUAAGCUGUGUUUGGAGAAAGCGGGUGUGGAAUGGCAUUAGCAGAGCUGUGGUAUCAUCUUCUACCAGCCGAGAAAAAAAAGAUGCAGUGACAAGAGGAAACAGAGCCACAUUAGCCAGAAGAGCAAAAAGACUGCCAAUUAUGCCUCGGAUAGAGAAGAUGCCAGUAAAUCAAGAGUGGAGCAGCGUGUACCCAACUGCAUGUUCAUUUAAACCCAACGCAGUUCCUCUGCCAAUUCGUAUGGGUUAUCCAGUGAAGAACAGCAUACCAGCAGAAAAGAAAGGAAACUUAGAACUUAUCAAGAUUCCAAAUUUUUUGCAUUUAACUCCAUUAGCAGUGAAGAAACAUUGCUCUGCACUAAAAGCCUUCUGCACUACAUGGCCUGAUGUACUGGACAGUGAUUCUAAAUUUCAGAAGCAUUUCCCCAUCCAGGUGGAGAGUAAAAAUUUUGUUUCUUCAGGACCAUCUCUUAGAAAUCCCAAUGCCCGGAUUGUGACACUGUUUGUUAAGCUUAAAGAUCUGAAUUUGGAUCAUCAUUCAGAAAAGAAGUUAAUUAAACUUGCUGGAGAACGUUACAACCCCAAGACAGAUACCAUUGCUAUCACAGCAGACAGAUGCCCGCUUAGAAGACAGAACUAUGACUAUGCUAUGUACCUUCUAACUGUAUUAUAUCAUGAAUCAUGGAAACAUGAGACUUGGGAGGAAGAAAAAACUAAAGUAGACCAUGAUGAGUAUAUAUGGAACAGCAGCAUUUCACAGAUGCACAUUAUAAAUACACUUCUCCGGAUGAAAGGACUGGAGGAUUCCCCAACUACAAGAGAAGAGCUAAUGAACUCUGUGGAUCUGCAAGAAUUUCGUAACUCUGUUACCACUCUUAAAAAUACAGAGGAGACAGAAAGUAGUAUCCUCCAGUACAAAGAGUCUGUGAAAAAAGUACUUGGUUUAUAAUGAGUUUUAUAAACUACUACAUGCACUUGUAUCUUUAAAUUCAUAUUAAGACAUACAUUUAAAUAAAAUUGGAAACUUAAACACAAUUAUUCACUUUAAAACUUAUGUAGUACUAGUAUCAAGAUGUAAAUGUUUCACACCUUGGUUUAAUACCACGUUGUCUCAUAACUGAAAAAGUUUCAUACUACUAAACAGUUACCAGUAUGUGCUAGCUUGCACCAGAAUAAAUGUCAGGUCUUUUGUAUAAAUAUUUAGCAUUAUACAGAUAUAGGCAUGGUGUUCAGCAUGUUCAAUUAACUUCAAACCUUUUGAUCAACAGACAAUUAAGCAUCUGAAUGAACUGUUCAUGUUCUGUGGUGGAAUUGUUGGAUUAAAUAUGAUGCAAGUACGCUUUUAUACAGCUGCAUCACAGUACUGUUACUUUGGUAAAAUCUUUGACUAUUGGUAGCCAAUGUUUCCAGCGCCUUAGAAUUUCAGCACACAAAAUAGGUAUAAAACUAACAGUACUCCAUUUGGUGUUCUACCAGCAUUUAACAGUACUCUGAUCUGCUGUGAAAUUGUGUUUUCUUUACCAUAAGUGUUUUUAGGUUAAUUGGUUGGGAUAAGUUAGGCACAAGAGUGAAUUUGUUCCUGCCUUGCACCUACUGCUAUAGGGGAUACAAUGUGACUCCCAAGGCCCUUAACUGAUUAAGGCAUUUAGAAUGCUGAUGAAGGUGUCAGCUGUCCAUAUGUUGACCACACUGUAUAAGUUAUCAGCCCCUUUCCCGAUUUACUGUAUUAUUUGAAAAUUAUUUAAAAAUUUGAUACUGAAUGUUUUCAGGUCUUCAAACAAAAUGUAAUAUUGGAUAAAGAGCACCUGAGUGAAUAAUUAGCAAUUAUUUAUGCAUUGCUUCCAUCAUUUCUUUUUACUGAACAACAUUAUCCAAUAACAUUGUGUUAAACAGUAAUUUCCCCCUUUCAUUUAUUAGCUGGCUUCACCCCCACUAAAUGUAAUGACUGAAACCAAGACUUCCUAUAAUUCAGUCUCAAUAUUUCACACCACUAUGGAAACAUUCUAGCUCACUCCUCUUUGCAGAAGAUAUUUAGUUCAGCAGCACUGGUUUCAACCUGCUUGUUUUAGGUUUUGCCAAAGCAACUUUGGGUUUGGACUUUGACUAGGCCCAUUCAAAUAUUAAGCUUUGUUUCUUUUCAGCCAAUCUAAUGUGGACUUGCUUUUUUUUCUGGCCGCAUAUUUAAUCUUCAGCUCAAAAACUGCUGACUGGAAAGUCUCCUUAAGAAUUUUCGGUUAUGGCAAGGCAAAACUUCUCCAUAUCAUCACGCUGCUUAAUUGUUGGUAUGAUGUGCUUAGUGUGGAGUGCGGUGUUUUGUUUUAUAAUGAGACCCAUAGGUUACAAAAUGUUCCAUUUUUGUCUCCUCUGUUCCUGAAAGCUCCGGGAUAAUCCAAGUGCUUUCUAGCAAGUGAGACAUAUGAAUUUAUGUUUGAUUUUAAGCUUCACUAUGAAAAGUUGUUUUCAAACUUCAGCAUGAAAAGUGGCUUUAUAGCUCAUUCCAGACCAGUACACAGACAAAAUAGGUUGAGACAUUUAAUUUGAUUGUCAUGUUGUGUGUUUGUUGAAUCUUUGUACUGGCAACGUGAAUGUUAUUAGAAUAGUUAAAAUCAGUGACAUUUGCAUUGAGUAAAGCAGACUGUAAUCAAGCCUGGCCAUGCUGAAUCACCUGAAUUGAGUUGUCUGUUUAAUUGAGUUGGUUUACAUAGGAGGCAGCAGCAGUUGCUAUUGGGUAACUUUGUAUAUGAAACAAAUUAAAUAACUUGAGGGUUGAAGGCCUGAAAACAUUUACUUUGAAAUUUGCAGUGAUUGGCAAAACCAGGAAGGGCGCAAAUCCUGGCUCUUGGAACUGCAUAUCAUGAACGGAAAUACUUAGUUUUUUUCAUCUUUGUUUGAAACAUUUUUCUCUGCACCUCCACAUACUUUGGCCAGGGCCAUUUUAUUUUAACUGCACACAUGGCCUUUGUAUCACCAUUUUUGAUUUUGCUAAACCUUGUCAAAUGAAUUACAGCAAACUUCACAGAGCUCCAAAGUUUUUUAAUCUUGAGGCAUAGGCAAUUUUCUUCAAUAUGGACAACGAAAAAAUGAUAAUGCAGAGUGUUUUCUUAUGAGUUGUAUCUUCUUUCUUAUACAUGGCUCAGCUGUAAGUUUUUAAAGAAUGCUACUUUUUUUUUGUAUACUACUUUUGAUGUUUUUUUUUAAUACAGAAAUACCUUUAGAUA